CAGCCCUCCGCUCCGUUGCUUCACCGGCCUGGAGGACUCAGCCUUGAACCUCUGCAAAGCUCCCAGCGAGAUGCCGCUCAAAAAACCCGACCCCAAAAAGGAUGCAGUCAAAGCGGCUGCAGCCCCGGAGGUGCCCAGGGAGCUCGCCUUCGAUCCCAGGAGCGUGAAGAUCGAAUUCACGGCAGAGCAGAUCGAAGAGUUCAAGGAAGCCUUCAGCCUGUUCGACCGCACGCCCACGGGAGCCAUGCAGAUCAGCUACGCGCAGUGCGGGGACGUCCUGCGGGCGCUUGGACACAACCCCACCAACGCGGAGGUGCUGAAGGUGCUGGGCAAGCCCAAACCAGAAGAAAUGAACACAAAGGUGCUGGACUUCGAGACCUUCCUCCCCAUCCUGCAGCACUUCACCCGCAACAGGGAGCAGGGCACCUUCGAGGACUUUGUGGAAGGGCUGCGCGUCUUCGACAAGGAGGGCAACGGGAUGGUGAUGGGGGCAGAGCUGCGCCACGUGCUGGUCACGCUGGGGGAGAAGAUGACAGAAAGCGAGGUGGAGCAGCUCAUGGCAGGGCAAGAAGAUGCCAACGGCUGUAUCAACUAUGAAGCUUUUGUCAAGCACAUCAUGUCUGGCUGAGUCCAACUUCAGGUUCUCGGAAAUGUUGGAACCCACCUGAGCACCACGAACUGUGAGAUUCCUGCGUCCGUGUCCCCUCUUCCCCAGAUGUCCCCUGUUGACAGAAGCAUUCCACACGAGCUCCAGCGCAGAUUUAGCCUCUGUGCAUCUGCCCAAGCCUCGGUAUACAAUGGGAUAAGUCCACGGCUCGGUUUUAAACUCUAAAUUAUUCUUUUCAGUUUUUUCCUGUGACAUUUAUCUCAUUAAAUCUCAUUCCAUCCUUCCCUA